AUGUGGCCAGAGUGGUUAAGAUCGCCCACUGCUUCACCAAGUAGGGUUCAUCCUAGAUCAAAAUCUUUCUCUUGUUCUUCUUUCAAGGACAUUCCAUCCAUUCUCAAAGAACCCGAGUCUGAACCUAGAUCCCCCAAGUCUCCAUCCGUUUUUCACCGGGUUCGGAUCUCCACUUCGGUCCUCCGUUCAUGGGCCAAUAAAAAUUCAAUCCCGUCAUCUAAUCCAUCCUUUAGACCACCUCAUAAAGGCAUCAUAAUUUUCUUCACCAGCCUCCGUGUUGUUCGCAAAACUUAUGAAGACUGCAGGACCGUCAGAUCAAUCCUCCGCGCGUACCGUGUACCCAUUGACGAGCGAGAUUUGUCCAUGGAUAGUAAAUUUUUAGAUGAGUUGCAGGGAAUCAUGGGCUGUAAUGCUCAAAAUUUAACUCUACCUAAAGUGUUUAUAGGCGGGAGACACAUCGGUGGGGCCGAGGAGAUCAAACGGCUCAAUGAGAGCGGUGAUCUGAAGCAUAUCAUCAAUAAGCUACAAUUAGUGGGGCCUACGUUUUGUGAUCAAUGCGUGGGAAUAAGAUUUGUUCUAUGUGAAGAGUGUAAUGGGAGCCACAAGAUCUACGUAGAAAAAUGUGGGUUCAGAACCUGUAAAUCUUGCAACAUCAACGGUUUGAUUAUGUGCCCCUCUUGCUGCCCGGUGCUCCGCUGA